GUGACAGAUGCAUCAUGCAACUGGGAGAGCACAUGUUUAACAGGAUGGGAUCUGAUGUGACCAAACAUGACUACAUCCGACAGAAAAUGAGAGAAGUUGGCAGACUUCUUCUUGAAGCAAGAAGGAUAACCCCACUGAAAACAAUGGAGGACUUCAUGAUACCAGCAAACUUCAAACAUGUCAUAUCAGCUGUGAAAGUUGUGUCUGGCUUUGACGAAGAGAAGAACUCUUACCGCAUUCCCUCUUUAGCCCUCAAACUUGGACAUUCUUUAAAAAAGAUCUGUAGCAUUGUUGAAAGUAAUGCGAUGAUGUAUGGAGACCAUGAGCGUGCUGAGUGUGCUCGAGACUUCAGAAAAGUACACGAAGCAAGGUGGAAUGAAUACAUUUCUGCUGGUGCUAUAACUACAUUGAAGGAAGCCAAGUGGAAUGCACCACAGAUCAUUCCUUUCACUCAGGAUGUCAAAGUCCUGCACGCACAUCUAGAAAAGAAACGGGAUAAAUUCCUUAAUAAACUUAAAAACUGCCCCUCUGCAGACAGCUAUGCUGCUUUGGCCAAAGUCACACUCUCCCAAGUUAUCCUGUUCAAUAGACGAAGAGAAGGUGAGGUGUCACGGAUGCUUUUGUCAGCUUUUCAAAGCCGGGAUUCUUCUGAGCUGCAUGAAGACAUAGCCAUCUGUCUUUCUGAGUUCGAGAGGAAGCUGUGUAAACACUUUACCAGAGUAGAGAUCCGUGGUAAGCGAGGGAGAAAGGUCCCUGUCCUCCUCAAACCUUCAUUGGUUUCUGCCAUGGAGCUGCUUGUUGAAACACGUGAGGCUUGUGGUGUCCCAAAUGAGAAUCCUUUUAUGUUUGCCAGAUCUGGUGCAAUGUCUGCCUACAGAGGAGGAGAGUGCAUAAGUAAAGCUGCUCGUGAAUGUGGCAUUAAGAAUCCUGAAGCUCUUUCCUCAACCAGGCUCAGGAAACACAUAGCUACCAUGUCAAAGAUUCUCAACCUUGAUGAAAAUGAAGCAGAUCAACUGGCUGAUUUUCUCGGUCACGAUAUAAGGAUCCACAGACAGUAUUACCGGUUACCAGAGGGGACAUUGCAGCUGGCAAAAAUGAGUAAGGUCUUAAUGGCAAUGGAGAAAGGAACACUGUCCAGCUUUAAAGGAAAGAGACUUGAUGACAUUGAAAUCGACCCAAAUGAGCAACUUGAGGCCGAAGGUGAUACAAUGUCAAGUGAUGAAGAGGAUUGUAGUGACCUACCUCAGACAACAUCACCAGUACCAGCAGAGACUGAUCAACCAUCUGCUUCACAGAAAGAUCAAGGUUCAUCAAUACCUCCAAAAAGAAAAUGGGAAGAAGUUGAGGUAAAAGCUGUUGAAAAACACAUGAUGAAGUUCAUAAAGACAUGCAAAGUUCCUGGUAAGCAAGACUGCGAGAGAUGCAUUCACGCAGAGCCAGAAGCCUUGAAGGAACGUACGUGGACUGGUGUGAAAAAUUAUGUGCGAAACAGGAUCACCACUUUAAAAAAACAGGGUGGAUUAUAGGGGAGCAAAUUAAAAACACUUUUUUUCUUUUUACUGUUAUAAACAGAGCAUGGUGAGGA